AUGUUAUUCUAAGGAAAGAGUGCAGAUAAAUCAAGGAAAUAAAAUUAAAAAUAAGAAUAAAAGCAGCAAAAAAAUUAACAAAGAAAAGAACCAAAUGAAAAUUAAUAGAGUGAAUAAAGUGCACCAUAAAAGAAAUAAGAGAGGCAUUUUGAUAGAUAAUAAUUCCAUAAAUAAAAAUUUGAUGAUCCUAGACCUAAUAGGAAUGAAAAAGAUCGAGAUCACCUGACUAAUAAUAGUAAUAGCAAUCGUAAUAAGAGAAUCCAAAGAAAACAGGAAUUGAACAAGAUUCAAAUUAAAAUCCAUUAUGAAGACAUAUUAAAGAAAAAUCAAAUGAUCUAUCCGAUAAAUAACUGCUUGACUUUUAUAAAGAAGAGAGAGUCAUUGAUUAAUUAAGAGGAUAUUUUCGAAUUUAAUUAGUAGAUUGCCUAUAGAGAAACCUUUAAUCAAAUCAAGAAUGAAGUAGCACAUGGUAAGUUUGACUAUUAAAAAUUAUUGCAAUCAUUCACAGAGAGUGAAUAAAUUUUGAGAGAGGUGUUUGAUAAUUAUGAAUACUAUGUGAAACUUGAGAAGAAGUUGUUGUAUGACGAGAGAAAGUAAAAGAGGGUUUACAAAAUAAUUGAUUAACUUCGACACGACCAGGUUAGAGAAGAUCAUAUGAAUAAAAACUCUCUGAAAUUGAGGUUUUAUUUAAGAAAAGUACUAUUGACUAUGGUUGAGCAGAUUUAGUAAAUGUAAAUAAAUAUGAAGAAAUAAUUUACAAAAUUAGGCUUGCCAGUUGAGAAGUACAAGGCAAACAUCGUAACAUUCUAGCCAUUGAAAAUAAAUUCUUAAAAGAAUAAGAAGAAAUUGAAUGAAUUCCCAAUGAAGUUCUGA